CAAGACCCAACUAAGCCGCGACUCGACGCUGGCCUUCAUACUCCCCACCAAAGUACUGAAACUGAACCCAACCUAAGCCAACACAAAAAUAACCAAAAAUAUAUAUAUCCUUUGUAUAAAGUUAAAGUUUGUUUAUUUAACUAAUUAAAUAUUUAAGAAACAGAAUGGGUUCCGAUGAUAACUGUUACGAUUCACCGAAUUGCGAAUUUGAAUCCGACCUCAGUGAAGAUGAAAUUGAAAUGGAUAAUUUAGCGAUAUGUUUUUCAAAUAUUGAUGAUUAUUCAUACCAAGUGUUGAAAACCGAAGAAAUUGUUGGUCAUAUGUUAAAAAAAAUAAAAUCAAUCAGCGGAAUAAUUGAAAUUCCAUCAACGAUAACGCGAAUUCUACUUCAUCAUUUUAAUUGGGACGAAGAGAAAUUAUUAGAUAAAUUUUAUACUCAAAAUCGCAGUGAAUUGUUCAAGGAGGCUCACAUUAUUGAUCCCUCAUCAUCAUCAUCAGCAGCAGCAUCAACAUCAGCAGUAAGUAAAAAAAAUAAUUCAGUUAUUGAAUCUGAAGAUUGCGAAAUUUGUCUGGUUCCGUUAUCUUGUAAUUUGAUGACUGGGAUGGAAUGCGGGCAUCGUUUCUGUACUGAUUGUUGGGACUCUUAUUUAUCAACUAAAAUAAUCGAACAAGGGGAAUGUCAAUCAAUAACUUGCCCGGCUCACAAAUGCGAUAUUAUCGUUGAUGACGAAACCGCAAUGAAUUACAUUAAAGAUUUUAAUGUAAAAACAAAAUAUCAACAUUUGAUAACAAAUAGUUACGUUGAGUCUGACAGAUUAUUAAAAUGGUGCGAGACACCUGAUUGUAAUCAUGCCAUUAAAGUUUCUUAUGUUGAUUUCAAACCGGUGACAUGUCACUGCGGCCGGACAUUUUGUUUUAAAUGCAACAAAAAAUGGCACGAUCCAAUUCUAUGCGAUUUGCUACGUAAGUGGAUGAAAAGAGUCGAUGAAGAUGCGGAGACAUCUCGGUGGAUUGGACUUCAUACAAAAGACUGUCCAAAUUGUCUGGCGAUAAUUGAAAAAAAUGGUGGGUGCCAUCAUAUGACUUGUAAAAAGUGUAAACAUGAAUUUUGCUGGAUUUGUUUGAUAAAUUGGAAAGAACAUCUUUCACAUUAUGUAUGUAAUAGAUUUGAUGCUGAUGAUGCUAAUGAACGUGCUGCGGAACAGACAAGAUCUUCGUUGCGGAAAUAUAUUUUUUGUUCUGAUCGUUAUAUGAAUCAUUUCAGAUCACUGGAGUUAGAGAACAAUUUGUACCUUGUUGUUGGUGACAAAAUGAUGGAGAUGCAGAAAAUGAACAUGUCUUGGAUUGCAGUACAGUUUUUGAAAAAAGCUGUUGAUAUUUUGUGCAAAUGCAGACAAACUUUGAUGUAUACGUACUCGUUUGCGUACUACAUUGAGAAGUCGAAUCAAUCUACUAUUUUUGAAGACAAUCAAAAGGAUCUGGAAUCGGCUGUUGAGACUUUGUCGCACUAUUUAGAGCAGGAUAUCAAUGAGGAAGAACCUAGUGAAAUUAAAAAGAAGGUUCAGAACAAAGCUGACUACUGCGAAAGUAGAAGAAAAGUUCUGCUGGAUCACGUUCAUGAGGGCUAUGACAAAGGCUGGUGGAAUUACACAAAUCUUGAUCCAAUUUUGAACAUCUGUAUUAAUUAUUUGCUAUCAAGAAGGCCAAGGAAAAUUAUUAGUUGCUUAUUAACCAGAAAAUUAGUUUAUAAUGAUUAAGAAUUUUUGUUCCUAGAGGAUUUAAUUUUUAAGGUGUAAAGAUCUAAGCCCAUGGCGUAUCAAAAAUACAAGCAACCGAACACGCGAUCAAAAUUAUGGUUCUCAAUAUUGACGAAUUUUUGUGCAAGAGACUUGGAACAGAUUUCUUGCGCUAGAAUUGGAAAAGUUAUUGCUUUAGAUUUUUACCCUAUAAACUUGUACCAGAUUGCGCCUUCUAAUUUCAUAUGUUAUACUUUUUACUCCAUGGAACAAAGAGCAGUGGAAAAAUUAGUUUUUAGUGCAAAAACAGGGCUCUCGUAUUACAAAUAUUGGAUAAUAUGUUUAAGAAUAUAUAAUAUAAGUAUUUACUCAAUCGGAAAAUGAAUAUUCUAUGGAUACAUUUCAGUUUAACUGAGUAAAGAAAAUUAAACUACCGAUUAAUGAAGAAAUGUCUAGAAAGAUCAAAUAUUUCAGUAUACAUUAAAUAGAUCUGAUAUCAUAGACGUUUAUAUGCCAACAUACGACUCUAUGAAAAACUGCAUUAGACUUUUUUGGGUUUAAAACAUAAUAUAGGCUUGGAAUGAACCUUUUUGACUUAAAAUUUUAUAAGUGUGAGUUUAUAUAUAUGAAUAUUAUAAAAUGACUUAUUAUGUGUUUAUGCGAUCCCUUGCAACCUUGAGCGCACGGUGUAUAUACUGUGUAUACACCGUGCACGUGUAUAUUCGGUGUAUACGCGGUGUAUGCAUCGUGUAUUUAUACACAAAGUAUAAACGAUGAAUACACGGUGUAUACACAGUACUUACAGAUUAAGUGACAAAACCAGAUACAAGUUAAAUAUUAUAACUUUUGAACCAUAUGAGACAAAAAUUCGGCUCUAGAAUAUUCUUGUAGGGCAUUAAAUUUCUUAGAAAAAAGUCCUGGGAGUCGAAUUUGUAAAUUUGAUAUUUCGUAUACUAACAGGCUAUCAAAGUCUAGAGUAAACAGAAUCAUACAAAUUUAAGGCUUUAUUUGGAUUUUCCAAAUACUUUUCUAUUAUUGUGAUCGAUAACAAAAUAUUAUUUGUUACAACGUGGAUAUUGCUGGUGAUUUCAUUGCACUACAUGUAGAACAAAUUUUCUUGUAGUAUUGAUAUUUUUAAUAAUAAAGCCUUAAAUUUGUAUGAUUCUGUUUACUCUAGACUUUGAUGGCCUGUGAGUAUACGAAAUAUCAAGUUUACAAAUUCGACUCCCAGGACUUUCUUUUAAGAAAUUUAAUGCCAUACAAGAAUAUUCUAGAGCCGAAUUUUUAUCUCACACGGUUCAAAAGUUCGAAUAUUUUUAAUCAAAAAAAAUUUUUUUGCAUGUUAUUUAAAUGGGCAAUUUCAAAUGGCUACCGACACCUUUUAGAAUUGAGCUACAAAUUUUGCCUAAUGGGAUAAUUUUUUUCUCGAUAUAUAGGUCCUUUUUAAGACGUAAAUUCGAUAGGUUGGUUUUUUUGGCUCACCCUAAUACACAGUGAACGAAUCGCACAAAUCCACGAUGUGUACACAGUUCAAAAUAAACUUUCUGUUAAAUUUUUGGCUGACCCUGACGUCCUCCAGUGGGAAAUAGAUUGUAAUAUAAUUUAUAUGAAAAAAAUUUAUUAAACUAGUAAAUAAUUAGAAAUAAGAAGAUUAAAAUGAAUUUUAAGUCAAAUUAAUUUUUUUUCAAGCCCUCCUCAGUAAAUAAAGCAGGUAGGGUAAGAGCAUCAGUACCAGUACCCAGCCCCUAACCAGUAGCCAGCCGGUCAUAUACUUUAACAUUGGCUCAAAAUAUGUAGAGAUAUAAUUUAACAUGAGGUAGCUCGCUACUGGUUUGGGGCUGGGUACUGGUGCUUUUACCCCAGUUAGAAAAAAUAAUAAGGAGUGGAAAUUCGUUCGUACGUAAAUUUGUUCGAAAAAAAAAAAUAUAGUAAGGGUAUGUUACCCAGUGGACAGUAACUAAACGGUGUUGUCAGUAAUGUAGGUUUCACAAAAACCAUGGUUUUUUUUUUUUAACGAAUUUCCACUAAUAAUGGUUUCUUUUAUUGUCCAUAAGUAAAUUUAUUUAAAAUUAAAAAUUUUUUUAAUUAAAAUGAAACUCAAUAUCUUGAUUAAUCACAUAAAAUAUAUAUUUUUAAAUAUUCAAAUUGUAUUUUUAUUAAAAAUUGAGCUUUCAUUUUUGAAAUUAUCUCAACAAAUCGACAUUAAUGUGACGUAAUUAAAUUUCCAUGAUAUUUAUCCUUGAAAAUCGAUAAAAUUUUUCACAGCUUACGCAAAAAGUGUGAUGUUAAUAUUAAAAUAAUUUCAAAAAUAUUCAAUCAGUUCUUUAAUAAAAUUCAAAUUUUCCAAACAAUUAUUGCAUAGUAAAACAAACAUCAAUGCUUAAGAUUAACACAAAAUUUGAAAAAUUAUUCCACUUGAUUCUAAAAAAAUAAUAAAAUUAAAAUCCACGCAAAAUUUGAAUAAAUCCGUUUUGGUCAUAGUCCUCAUGAACAUGAUCCAGCAAAACUUUAUAAAUAUGAAUGUAGCAGAUAUAAAACAAUUUAUAAAUUUCAAAUAAAUAAAUUAAUUAAAAUAAUG